AUGGCAUACUGCAAACAGAGAAGAAAGCCAACCAUUGUUUUUACGACGAUUCUCUGUGUUUUUCUUACCCAAUGUAUUAUUUCAAGAUCUGUCUACGGUGCUUUGGAUUCUGAGGUAUAUAGAGUAAGCGUUGCUGAGGAUGACCCCUCGCUGGGACUGGAGAUUAGCAAUCCCCAGGGUAGGACAAGGGUGGUACGCAGCCCUCGACAGAAACGAGAAACCCCCGCCGCUACACAACAGCAAUAUUUAGAUGCACACAACAAUGCCAGGGCUAGUGUCAUUCCAACAGCAACUAAUAUGUUGAAAAUGAAAUGGAGCAAUGCUCUAGCCACCGUGGCAGAAAACUACGCAAAGAAAUGUAUCUGGGGACACAAUGCAGCAAGGACGACGGAGACACAGGCUCUAACAUCAGAUUUCAAUUACGUUGGAGAAAAUUUGUAUUUAACCUCGCAAAGUUCAGCUAAUCCAGUUAGUGUGGUUCAGAGCUGGGAUGAUGAGAAAAGUGACUAUACUUAUAGCUCUAACACCUGCAAUGCUGUGUGUGGACACUACACCCAGGUGGUAUGGGCCAGUUCGGAAUACGUAGGCUGUGCAGCACACACAUGUUCCUCUUUCACAGGGGUAGGCUCCGCCUUCGAUGGAGGCACAAUUGUUGUUUGUAACUACGGCCCAGGGUAA